UUUCGAAAACUUCUUUCCAAUUUUAAAGCUUGAGGCAUUUAUGCUUUAGGAAGCUGUUCAUUGUUGACUCAAGAGUCUUCUUCAAUUUUAUAGUACUUUUAACUUUGAAAGAAUAUCAGGUGAUUCUACAGAGGAAUACAAAAAGCUAGGUGAGAUGAUGAAUAUAGAAACAUGAUGGAAUCUUUUAGGUGAUCUGAAUUUCUAAAUUUUUCUAUAAACUCCUUUGUUCUUGUUUUCACAGAUCACCUCAAAGAGCAAUCUGAAAUCUAAAGCCACAUAUGCUCAUGGAGAAAACCCCCCCUUUCUUUUCUCUAUUUAUGAUGUUGGUGCAAUUACUUGUGACUAAUGCAGUUACGAAAAAUAUUGCCACAGACCAAUCUGCUCUCCUAGCCUUCAAAGACUCAAUUACUUAUGACCCUCAAGAACUCUUGGCAACCAAUUGGUCCACCACCAACUCAGUAUGCAGCUGGAUUGGCAUAACCUGCAGUGCUCGCCACCUCAGAGUCACAGCCUUGAACCUUGCUUACAUGGGUCUUAUUGGCACCAUUCCUCAAGAGCUGGGAAAUAUGUCAUUCCUCGUUGAGCUAGAAAUGAAAAGAAACAGAUUUCAUGGCUCUCUGCCCAGAGAGUUGGUCCAUUUGCGCAGACUAAAUUAUAUUAACUUUGGAUUCAACAACUUGACUGGAAAGAUUCCAUCAUGGGUUGGGUCAUUACCAAAACUUCAGUUCUUGAAUCUAUAUGGUAAUUGGUUUUCAGGUCCCAUUCCUGGUGCCAUAUUCAACAUAUCUUCGUUACAAGUACUUGAUCUCAGUGAAAAUCAUCUUUCUGGGGGCAUUCCUUCCAUAGUCAAUGCAACCUCACUGCAAUAUUUGAUUCUAUAUGAUAAUGAUCUUUCAGGUUCCUUGACUUUCGGCAAUCUUGGCAUGUCUAAUACUUUGGAAUUCAUUGAUCUCACAUACAAUAGCCUAUCUGGUAGCAUCCCAGAUGGUAUGUUUAGGCUGCUUCCGAAAUUAGAAGGGCUUUAUCUAUCUUCAAAUCAGUUUUCUGGUAAACUUCCAUCAAGUUUAUUCUUCUGCAAACGGCUACAAAUUCUGCAGCUCGCAAUCAACAAUUUCACUGGAAGUUUGCCUACACAAAUGGGGAACUUAACCUUGCUCAGACGGUUGACUUUUGACAAGAACAAUUUACAAGGCACAAUUCCAUAUGAGGUUGGUAAUCUUACAAAUUUGGAAUUUUUGAGCCUGCAAUCCAAUAAUUUAACGGGUACCAUUCCUGCUUCUCUGUUCAAUGUCACUUCUCUACAAUUCAUGUACUUCAUGGAGAACAGUCUCUUAGGUGGCCUCCCAGACAAUGUGUGUCGGCAUCUUCCCGUUCUGGAAUUAAUAGAAUUAAGUAGCAAUCUACUCAGUGGUCAGCUGCCUUCUAAUCUACACCAAUGUAGAAAGCUUCGUUCUAUCUCGCUUGAUUCAAACAGACUCAGUGGAAGCUUGCCAAGAACCAUUGGGAAUUUGACUCAUUUGACACAGCUUUAUCUUAAUGACAACAACUUGACUGGUACAAUACCAAAUGAGGUCGGAGAUCUUCGUAAACUGAAGCGUUUGUCACUCUCAAUAAAUCACUUCAAUGGCCUCGUUCCGUCAAAAAUUUUCAAUAUAUCCACAUUAAAAUUAAUUGAUCUUACUGAUAACCGUCUCUCAGGUGGCCUCCCAGUAAGCGUAGGCCUUGGGAUUCCAAAUCUAGAGUGGCUUUCUGUUGGAGGAAAUAGACUUGAUGGAAUAAUACCUCACACCAUCUCCAAUGCCUCCAGGCUCACAAACCUAGACAUGGCUGACAACUUGUUUUCUGGCUCCAUUCCCUGCUCAAUCAGCACCCUACGUCACCUCCAGUGGCUCAAUCUGAUGUCUAACAAUUUGACCAUGGAGUGUCCCGCUGAAGGAGGGAGCAUGCUCCCUUUCUUGGCUAACCUUAAGUAUUUGAGGAACUUUAUGCUAUCAAAUAAUCCAUUAAAUUCAAUGCUUCCCACUUCCAUUGAGAACGUCUCUACUUCUCUUCAAUCUCUUGAACUAAGCAAUUGCAAGAUAUGGGGUAACAUUCCCAAAGAUAUCGGGAACUUAAGUAGACUGGUGAUUGUAAACUUAUCAUACAAUGGAUUAAGUGGAUCAAUUCCAGCAACAGUGGGAAGAUUACAUGAGCUCCAAGGUUUGUAUUUCAAUGACAAUGACUUGCAAGGAUCCAUUCCGCAUGAACUGUGUCAACUAGAUAUGGUGACUGAAUUAUUAUUGAAUAACAAUCAUCUCUUUGGAUCUCUACCUCCGUGCUUGGGGAAUCUUUCAGCCUUACGAAGUCUAUCAGUUGGUUUCAACGAAUUGUCUUCAACUAUACCUUCUACCUUGUGGAGCCUUAAAUACAUCUUGCAUACGAAUUUGUCAUCGAAUUCAUUCUCUGGAUCUCUCCCAGACAAUAUUGGAAAUUUAAAGGUAGCAAUAAAUUUAGAUUUUUCGAGUAAUCAGUUAUCUGGCAGUGUCCCGAGCACAAUAGGUGGCCUGCAAAAUUUGGUCACUCUUUCCUUGGCAAACAAUGCAUUUCAAGGUUCUAUUCCUGACACAUUUGGCAACUUGCUAAGCAUAGAAUCCUUGGAUUUGUCUAAUAACAGUUUUUCUGGAGUGAUUCCAAAGUCUUUGAACGUGCUCUUGCACCUCAGACAUCUAAAUUUAUCAUUCAAUAGGCUAGAAGGUGAAAUUCCAACCGGUGGACCUUUCACAAACUUCUCUGCUCAAUCAUUCAUGCAGAAUAGUGAACUUUGCGGAGCACCACGACUACGAGUCCCCCCAUGUAGAACCAGCGGUCAUCACCGACUAGCAACAAUCUUGAAAAUUGUCCUACCACUGGGAGUAUCACUAGUGGUAUUUUCAGUGGCACUUAUUUUCAUUUUGAAAAAACACACAGAUAAUGUGGAACCUGCAGAAGUGAAUAGCCCUUUAUCACCACUGCUAAUAUGGAGAAGAGUUUCAUAUGAAGAACUACAACAGGCCACGAAUGGAUUUCACGAAAACAACUUACUUGGUCGUGGGGCCUUUGGUUCGGUGUAUGGAGGAACACUAUUUGACGGGAUUAAUGUUGCAAUAAAGGUUUUCAAUUUGCAAGUUGAAGCAGCGUACCGGAGUUUUGAUACUGAAAUUGAAGUAAUGGGCAACAUACGCCAUAGGAACCUCGUCAAAAUUAUCAGUUGCUGUUGUAAUAUUGACUUCAAAGCGUUGGUAUUGGACUACAUGCCUCAAGGAAGCCUUGAGAAUUGGUUAUAUUCUCGCAACUCUUGCCUGAAUUUCCUGCAACGGUUAAACAUUAUGAUGGAUGUUGUGUCAGCAUUAGAAUACCUUCAUUACGGUUGCACAGUACCUGUUGUUCACUGUGAUUUAAAGCCCAGUAAUGUGCUGCUAGAUGGGGACAUGGUCGCACACGUCACUGACUUUGGCAUUGCAAAGCUCUUGGGUGAAAAUGCGUCUACGAGACAAACGAUGACAGUUGCCACAGUGGGAUAUAUGGCUCCAGAGUAUGGAUCGGAGGGAAUUGUUUCGGUACGAGGAGACGUGUACAGCUUCGGUAUUUUGCUAAUGGAAACUUUCACAAGAAAGAAGCCAACUGAUGAAAUGUUCCAUGAGGGGAACUCCAUAAAGCAAUGGGUUGCAAAUUCAUUGCCAAAUGCUGUGAUUGAAGUGAUGGAUGCCAGUUUACUAAGAACAGAGGAAGAAGAACAACAUAUAGUGAUGAAGGAUUGUUUGUCAUCCAUUAUGGAAUUGGCUCUAACUUGCUCUGCAGACUCACCUGAGGACAGGGCUAAUACCAAAAAAAUUCCCGGGGCGCUUGACAAAAUCAGAAAAAAGUUUCUAGUCAAGCAUAGUCAGUUCACCCCAAGUUUGGCAAUACGGUAAAGGUCUGAAGGGCCCCAGCCACCCCAGGUUCAUGCUCAUAUAAAAUAAAUAAAUAAAUAAUUUUACCAUGUGUAACUGCGUAUUUUAGUUGGUCGUAAUUUUUUUCUCA